CAAAGAGUCGCGCAGCGUGCGGUUUUAUUAAUGUUUGAAACUGUGAUUUAAAAUUUCGUUAACUAAGUGUUAUUUUGUUGAAAAAUGACGAUGAUUUGCCUUGUAUAUUAGAUGUCUGUAGAAGAGCUUUAGUAUUCGAUAAAUUCUUCAUUUAUUUAGAUCCCUUGUUAUAGAUUUUCAUCAUGUCUCUCAAUAACAGUUCAUCUUUACUUCAACGCACAAUAGACUUAAAUUAUGCGAACAAAAAGCGGGUCAAGUCUUUUAAAUGGAUUUGUGUAAAUGCCACUUUCUUGGUGAUAUUUACGUACGAUUUAUCAUGUAAGUGCCCGGGCUACACGUCGGUGUUCCACUAUGUGGAGCUGGUGUGCGCGGGCGUGCUGGCCGCCAACCUGGUGCAGCACGCACUGCAGCUGCUGCCGCGCCGCGCCGCCGCGCUGCCGCUCUCGCGCGCGCAGCAGCGUCUGCUCGGCCUGGCCGACGCUGAUCUAGACUCAUCAUUCAUCCUGGCAGACAACGGCCCCGCGCAGGUGCUGCAGAGCGCAAACGAGGACAGCGCGUGGUCGGUGUCGGACGCGGAGCUGUCUCUGUCGCCUCGCUCCUGGCGCCCGCCUUCCCCUUCACCCCCCUCCCCGCAUUCCCCACAUUCUCCCCAUUCCCCACACUCCCCGCAUUCCCCACAUUCCCCAAAUUCUCCCCAUUCCCCACACACGCCGCCGUCGCCGCAAGUCACCCCACCACAUUCAUCAUCGUUCACUGAAAGAGGUCGAGACUAUUUCAUCGCUGACAGGCAUUCUCUAACGGAAUAUCUCAAACAGUACGACGAGCGCAGCCUGGUGGAGGCGGGCGGGGUGGUGAGCGCGGGGGCGGGGGCGGGGGGGGCCGCGUGGGGCGCGCCGCCGCACUACCAGCUCGCCAGCGUCGACACCGCAAAUAGUAUGAAAUCAGAAGAGGGAUCACCGGAGGGGUCUCCACAAGUGUGGUGGCAACUUGAUCUGGACCCGCAGCGGCUCACACAGUUCAACCUCAAUUUACGAUUGUGGAUCCACGUGACGAUCCUGGAGCGACUGGUGCGCGAGCUGCAGCGCGUGGACGCGGCGCUGGGGCUGCUGCCCUUCCUCGAGCCCUUCCCCGACCAGCGCUACCUCGUGCGACGCAUCAGGGAGUUGGCUACGGGCGGCUGCAUGAGUGCGUACAAGUGGAACGGCGGAGGCGCCGACUGGGACGAGUCCAAGCCCACUGACGCGGAGCUUGUUCUGCAUCUAGUGGCCACAUACUUGGAUAUACAGACGAGCGGCGGCAUGAACGGCGCGGUGGGCGGGCGCUCGUUCAGCUCGGAGUACCUGUCGCUGGAGGGCGGGGCGGUGGGGGGCGCGGGGGCGGGGCGGCUCGCCGUCGUGCGGCUGUCGCGCGCGCCGCCGCACUACGCGCUGCAGGCGGGCGAGCAGCGCCUGCAGCUGCCGCGCGGGCGCAGCAACCUGCUGCUGGCGCUGCUGUGCCUGCUGGCCGCCGCCGCGCGCCGCCAGCCGCCCGCACUGGCGCGCACGCACCUCGGGCCCGCCGGCCUCAACAUGCUGUGGAUCAUCGGCCGCUGACCGCGCACACACGCACGCAACUCCCCUCCUUAUGUUCCUAGUGUUAAGUUCUAAUAUUGUAAACUUUUGACAAUAAAGUGAUGUACUUUAUAACUGGUGUCUUUUUACUUUAGUUUUUAUUCGAAUGA